UCAGUGUUUUCAGAGAAGUAAACUGUUAUUGCCAUUGAUAACCAAUCCGCGGUAAACUUCGCGUGUGAAACAUGUAGCGUCUGCGUUGGCCGCGUCUUUAGUCGAGCCGGUUACAGUUUAACAUCAUGGCGGACGCCGUGUAGGCUUUUGAGGAGCCAGAAGACGAGUUGGUCUCCAUCAAAACAAGCUCGAAAAUGGCAACAUACAACGCCGAAGAAGUCGCUGCAGGACACUCUGUUGUGGUGGAGGUGAGCCCAGAUAUCCAUAUCUGUGGCUUCUGCAAGCAGCAGUACAAUAAUUUUGAGGUCUUUCUCGCCCACAAGCAACAUGGAUGUUACCUACCCACCUCUGACCCAUCAGCCACCGCUGCAGCAGCCACUCUUCCAGAUUCCAGCACUGAGUUCGUGUUCGAGGAAACCUACCAGACCUGUGUCAUGAGAGGUGUCAAAAAGAUCCUGACCAAAGCACAGAAAACACCUUCCAAAAAGUUAAAACCUACCCUGACUUCAAAGAGACACAGCUGCUGUUUCUCAGGUUGCACAUUUAAAACACAGUAUGGCCAAAAAGACAUGGAGCGGCAUCUCAAAACCCACACCGGUGAGAAGCCGUUUGAAUGUGAGCUGUGCCACAAGCGCUUCAGUCGGCGGGACAAGCUCAACAUGCACAGCCGCUUACACACAGGCGAGAAGCCGCACAAGUGUAAACACUGUCCCUACGCAGCAGCCGACAGCAGCAGUUUGAAGAAGCACCUGCGUAUCCACUAUGAUGAACGACCGUUUAAAUGCCAGAUCUGUCCUUAUGCCAGCCGCAACUCCAGCCAGCUCACCGUGCACCUCCGCUCCCACACUGGGGAUGCACCUUUCCAGUGCCAACAGUGUGAUGCGAAGUUCAAAAUCAACUCAGACCUGAAGAGGCACGUCCGGAUUCACUCGGGUGAAAAGCCUUACAAAUGUGACUUUUGUGAGUACCGCUGCGCCAUGAAAGGCAACCUGAAAUCUCACAUCCAGAUCAAACAUGCCACUGAGAACUCCUUCCAAUGCGUGCACUGUGAUUUCAAGUGUUCCAACAAGACAGCUCUGCGGCAGCACUCGCGAGAACACCAACCCACUCAGCCCAUCCAGUGUUCAAAGUGCACUUACUCGUGCUCCAGCAAGGGGGCGCUCAAGGUCCACGAGAGGAUCCACUCAGAGGAGCGACCCUUUAAAUGUGACUUCUGCAACUUUGCCUCCAAGCAGCGCAGCAACCUUGUCAUUCACAAAAAGAAGUGCCACUCAGAUAAGCCCGAGAAAGGCGGCAGAGGUGGAGGGAAGAGUGGAGGAGGUGACUCUCCAAAGCCUGUGAGCUCCCGGUAUCGGGCCAAACUGGACGCAGCUCGAGCCUUCUGCUGCGACUCGUGCGAUGCUUCCUUUGUGAGGGAGGACUCCCUGCGGAGCCACAGAAAGCAACAUAGAGAUACUCAGAAUGUGUUGCAGCUCCAUCUCUCUGCGCCAGCCGACGCUGUCAACUUGGUUCCCGUUACGACACCACAGAGCAACACCCAGCUUGAAGUUCCUAUAGCGUCUGACUCAAUGGCUCCUUACAGCAAUGCACAGCUCAAAAUCAUCGUAUCUCACCCUUUGGGCCAGGAGAACCCCUUAAUCCCAGCUGGUGUGGAUAGUCAGAGUAAGACCAACAUGGUCCUUCUAAGCCCAGAAAACCAGGACAUGGUAGUGAACUCCAUGAUCCAGCAGGUCAACCUGCUUGCUCCUAUGCAACCGCUCGGCUCGUCCCAGACUGCAGAAGCCACCCUCGAAUCCCAGACGGUGCUCUUGACACAACUCAACCCCCAAGACGCCAACAACCCACUCCACCAGGCCCUGCUGCAGACCGCCAUAACCACUCAGGACUCCAGCAGCGGCACGCAGACUUUCAUCACCACCUGCUCUGAACUGGAGGGCCUCAACGCCUUGAUCCAGGAAGGUGGCACAGAGGUCACAGUGGUGACAGAAGGGAACACCGCUAUGGUGACCACAGCAACACCACCCAACAUGGUAUGUGGUCCGUCGGAGGACAUGUCCAAAUCCGCAGGGACGGUUACGGUCGAGGAGAGUGCCUUACCCUGUGAGGAAAGUGCGCUACUGGUGCCCAACAUUGGCCUUGGCAGCCAGAAUGUGGUCAUCCACAGCGUUCCACUGAUUGUGUCCACUCAGCCACAGCAAAGUGCAAUAGGGCAGCUCUCUCCUCACACACUCUACACAGAUUCACACACACUGGAAGGUAUUCCACAGUGAGCGGAGGGUUCAGUGUGUUGAAAAUGAAAAGACUGUAUCGUAAGUUAUUUCUUUGCCAGUAAGAACUCUGAGGCCUAAAGGUUACGUAUGUGCAGGCCAUUAACAUAUAACAGUUUUUGUUUCUAGCAGUUUAACCACUUAAGUAACAAUACUGUUAACUUUGGACAUAUAAUUGUUCUAAUUUCCAGGUUUUAGAAUAUUUAAUUGUUGUCGUAGCACAUUCAUUCAGUCCAGAAUGUUUAACACUGAAUAACUUUUGAACAUGAAAGUUAAUCAUUAGCACAUCAUUUCAUACACUUUAUUUUCAAGUGUCAUUUUUGGAGGCAUCCGAACUAAAAUACUGUUUAUUUUCAUCAAACCUCUUAGAAGAAAUUCUAAAAGGUAGAAGAAUAAAAUCUUAAUCAAAUGGACACAACUUGAAAUUGAACUUCUUUGUGCCAUGGUUUUCUCCCGUUUGUCCAUAAGGUGGCAGCGGAGGAAUUAGAGUACAGGGAGAAGUUUACCCUGAAACUGUGGGUUAUUGCACUCUUGUAGUACUGAUUCUACAAAUUCUGUAUAUGUAGCUUUUUUUUUUUUUGGAAAUGAAUAUUUGCAAGCCCUCAUUCUGAGUCUACAAAGUAGAUGUCAAUUGUAGAAAGCAUCAGACAGCAUAUCAAGGUCUUAUUUUCUAAAAGCCAAGUUGCUCUCCCAAUAGAUUUUCAAUAAAGUGCCUGUUUUGCUUGUG